AUGCAAAACGACAAUCAUAUUGAAACCGAAACUUUGAUGAGUAAUUUGGUCAAGAAAAUUUUGGAAAUGAAGACUGAUUUCUUUUUGAUGACUUGUCGUUUUCCACUAUCGCCAUCCGAGGAGAACAUUCAGUGGCUACGCUUUGCAGCAUUGGAAUUGGCUUUGAUUGUGUUUGGUUGUAUGAAAAAAUUUAAAAAGGCUGAUCAAAUCAGAAGGAAAAGAGAAGGGGAAGGCAGUAGUGAGAAUUUGAUUGAUGGUUAG